AGGAGGAGAGCGGUGGAAGACGUCACAACGUAAACGCUCGUGCCCCUUUUUGCGUUGCAAACACGGAAGAAGAGAAGGAGGAAAAGACAUUCCACGUCACUGGCGAGUAAUAUCGCUGUCGGCGCAAGGUGCUAUUUUUUCAAGGAAUUGAAAUUGUUCUUCAUGUUGGAUUUCUUGAUAGCAUGUUCUGCCGGUUGGAGUGUUUUGUACGAGAUAAAAUACCAGUUUGUUGGUGGAGCGGCCUAGUUUAAUUAUACUGGAAUUCCGCCGAAGGGUGCCAACGUUCCGCAGCUCUUAGAUGGGGGAGUCGGUGCCGCGUCGCUCCACGCUCGUCUCCCGCCUGCCCAUCUUCCGCCGCAGCAGCAGCAAGAAGCAGGACUCCCUCCCGUCCUCCCCCUCAUCGGGCGGCGUCGGGAAUGGCGUCCACACUUCCUCCCCCUCCAGCACCAACUCCAGCUCCGGCAGCACGGGCAAACGGCGGAGCCUGUUCCGGGCGCCGUCGCUCAGCUUUGCCUCCAAGCGCCACAGCGAGCCACGGGUGCAGCCGCCGAACCUCAACCUCACCCCUCCGCUGACGACGCAAGGGGGCACGGACGCCAACGGGAACACCCAGCAGACGACGGCACCGACCGCCGUUCUGUCGCCGUCAGCAUCGGCCGACGGCGGCGGGCGCACCAAGUCGCGACACCACUUUGGGUUCGGCAGCCACAAGCAGAAAAAGAUCACGCGCUCUCUGACCGAGGAUUUUGACAAGGCCUCUUCCUCGUCCUCCUCGACCAAUCGCAACGUGUUCACAAACUGCAUCAGCAGCUCGGGGACCAACGAGGGGGACGAUUCCGGUUACCUUGACGACUACAGCAAGGCAAGCAGCAACAACAACAACAGGCGUUCGACGCGGCAGAAGAAGCAGCUGCUGCCCAAAUCCUUCUCGGCAAACCACCGCUUGUCUCGCACCUCAGACCCCAGCAGGCCUCCAGAGGUGACCCUGGAGCCCGCCGGAUCCACCGCGGCUGCUGCUCCCACCGGUGGACUCACCCCGGGGUCCUGCCCCGGCGAUCUGCUGGGCGCCGGGGCCGACAGCUCACUCCAGUCGCCCAUGAUGUCGGAGGACCGGACCACCGCUGUUACCCCUUCGGAAUUCAUCCCAAACACGGAGGACUCCGUAUCGGAGGUGGAGGCGCUCCCUGCACCAAGCCCUGCGUCUGCUGAAGGCCCCGGACCUCCCUCUCUCCCUGGGGAGGAGACUGACCCCGCUCCCGCUGAUCCUGCUCUCCUAGUCGAUAGCCUCAGCCAGCUGGACCCUACCUCCCAGGAGUUUUCCACACCGGCCCAGUCCUGCGCAGACCAGCCUCUCCAAGACACCAGCACCCCCAACCCCACCGACUAUGACACUGCCGUCUCCCAGUCAGAUCCAGAGACGGCUGUACCCUGCCUUCCCCUUCCGUCGCCACCGUCGCCACCGUCACCAACACCGCCAUCACCGCCAACACCGCCAGCCCCAGAGCAGCAGCAGCUGCAGCAGCAACAACAACAACAAUCACCGGUGGGGGUGAAGAAUGUGCAGGCCGAGCAGAGGGCGGAAGGAGUGCAGGAGAAGAGGACGUUGUACCAGAGGGACAGGAAAGGGUCAGCGGAAGACAGGAAGUGUGGCUACCAGACGGAGACGACGAGCGAGAGUGAGGCCUGUGUGGUGCGCAGCGAGGGCUGGCGCCCGAACCCGGAGCCCACGGAGAGGAGUGGCAGGAACGCAGUCUCGGUGCAAGAAGUGGGUAGGGGCCACUGCUGCAGUCAUCAGGAGCACAGGCCCUCGCAGCUCCGAAAGCCCCACGCAGCCUCCAUGUGCAGCAGUGUGAGCCCCUAUCACGGCGUCAUGAGGAUGGAGAGACGGCUGCGCUCCUCCUCCGAAGGGGCUGGUGGACCCCGUAUCCAAGGCAGCCACGGUGACGCGCAUGGCAUCGAGGGCUUCGGUCUUAUCAAGCACAGGAACAACUCCUCCUCGUCCAAACUGGGCAGCCUGGAUAUGUUGAACAACAUGGGCUCCUCAGAGUUGGACGAAGAUGAUCUGAUGUUGGAUCUAGACCUCUCUGACGAUCAGCGCCAUCGCCAUGUUUCCAGGGAGGACUCGAGCCAGUCCCUCGCCUCGUGUCUGAACCUGCUGCCCUCCCCCAUAGAGGGGCCCGCAGAACGCCCCCAAGGGAGAGAGAGCUUCCACAGACAGCCAAGCCGUCCAACCAGCCUGCUGCCCACCGACUGGACCUCGGCGCUGGGUUUGGGAAAGGAGGAAGACCCCCUGCCACCGGGUCUGGAGGCCCUGCCGCUCAGGCUGAUGCAGCAGGACUGCACUUCUGUGAAGACUCUGCUGCUGAGGCUGAGACGCACACUACAGGAGAGCACAGAGACGAGUCCCGCAAGCAGUCUCCAGUCUCUUCCCAUCAGCCCUUGCAGUGAGAAGUCCCUCCCUCUGAAGGAUCUCAGCAGAGAGGAGGCCCUUCUGCAGCAACUACGGGAAAAGGAUGAGAUCAUUUUCCGUCUUCAGAAUGAACUGGAGAGUGCCAAAGCUGCCCUGAGGACGAAGGACUGCCAAACGACUGACCGCACGACACAGACGGAGCACACCGGCCCCGAGGCCAGCCUUCCAGGCCGGUGGGCCGGGCUAGGCAGCAGCAGCAGCAGUCUGGCUCUAAGGGAGCGAAGGGGAGUGCGGGUCGGGGGGGGACUGGCUCUCGGAGGGGACCUCUCUAGCCAGCACCUCCCCCACCACUACCCGCGUCCUCCCGCCACCGAGCGCUACACUGCCAGAGAGGAGCGCCACUGCCAGGGGGUCCUAGCACAGUCCUCGGCCCGGCCCGGAGCCUCAUCCUCGGGCGUAUCCCUAACUACAGCCCCAGGCUCCGGGGGCUUCAGCCGCCAGGCCGCGACUCCCGCGGGUUCCCGACUUCAAGCCUCCUUCCAGGCCUCCUCCCAGCCUGCCACCCAGCCUCCAACCCCUCCCACGGCCCAGGCCCCGUGCAGCGCCAGCUUGGCCCUCGCCGGGCCCCCGCCCGACGCCAGGCAGCCAGAGGGCCUGCUCUUCUCCUCCUCUGAGUCCCUAGCAGCCGGCGGCGGAGGUCCCUCCUGGGGGGGGGGGCGGCGAGCGGGCAGCAGGGACGGGCACCUCCCCCUCAGUCAGACCCCCUGCGCCGGGGGCGGGGACGGCACCUCCGCCGCCGCCCCCCCCUCCUCCACCUCCUCCAGCCUCCACAGCCUGGCGGGCCGGGGGAGCCCCUGCCCGAGCACCGCCUCCUCCUCCUCCCCCUCCUCCCCGCCGCCGCCGCCACAGCCGGCCCGCCCCACCUCCUCCUCCUCUUCCUCGUCCUCCUCCUCCGUGUCCUCGGCCUCCUCCUCCCUGUUCACGGGGCGGCUGGGCCAGCCCCCGCGGGGGCCCCUGUCCCUGCACAGCUACAGCCGCAAGAACGUCUUCCUCCAGCACUCCCUGCACACGGCCGAGCUGCAGGCGCUGGCGCACAGAGACGGCUGAGCUAAGGGACGCGCACGCACACACGCACGCGCGCACAUGCACACAAAAUGUCAUCCACACACACUCACACAAACAAGACAUACGUGUGCACGUUCAAUCACACACAUAUGCAUAUGCACGCGCACACACACACACACACACACACACACACACACACACACACAGACUUUUCCGAAGUUUAGACCCCAGCCAUUAUUGACAUUUGAGGUUAAGAAAAAUGUGAGAUUUGAAAACACAGACGCACAUAACCACACACACGCACAUACAGAGGCAUGAGGUGUGUAGACCAUAAACACAUAAACACUCCUACACGUUAGGCGGUGAGAGUUAACAAGGCAGCUCAGCUAUCUGUCAAGGCCGCCUGCGCACUGUCACUCUGAGGGUUGAGAAGGUUGUAAGCCUGCAAAAUGGCCCACACACACACACACACACACACACACACACACACACACACACACACACACACACACACACACACACACACACACACACACACACACACACACACACACCUGAGCACUGAGAAGCCUCAACUUGUGCAUAUGCAUACGUGCACUUCACACACACACAAACCGCCCACACACGCUAGUACACACUGUGACACACGCAGGUACACACACUGACACACUCACAUCUCCGCCACCUUUGAUGUCUCUCUGCUUGAGAUUCUAACCAAAUACCUGAGAGUUUACAAGUGGAGAGUCGGAGAUUAGCGUUGUAUAACAACAUGUCCAUAAGUGCGUUUAAAGAAGAAGGGGGGGGGGGGAAAAGAAAUGUCAAAAGAAGAAAAAAACUAACAUAUUUUUUAUCAAUUUGUUGUACCAUUCCAAUUCAUGUGCUGCUGAGGGAACUGCUCCAUAGCCACCGUAGUUUGCGAUGGUAAGAGUCUUAACGGAAACGGUGCCAAACCCCACCUCAGACCUCGUCAGCGCUCACACACUUUAGGUAUUUCACCAAACUGCAUGCUUUUUAACCGUUACCGGGAGUUACCAGGGGAGGGAAAAGAACGUUUACUGCUGUGGACUUUUUUGCACAGCAAUAUAUAGGACAAAAAAAAAGAACAGCUUACACUUGUUUUAAUAAUGUUAGCAGUAUCCGAUCUCUCCGUAUCCACUAGAAAAGAGAAUCACGUCUUUGAAGACGUUAAUAUAUACACACGGAUGUCCCUGACUGCACUGGUGCGUGUGGGUGAUUUUAAGUGAUUAGAGCAGUUUGACAGGACAAGUUCCGUUCCUGCUGCUUGUCUUUAUAGAUUUACCGGCCGUCCAUUAGCAGAUUAUGGCUUUGGUUUAAAAAAAGAAAAGGAACAGAGUCAUUUAACUAAAUCACACUCAUUUCCACAUACGGGGAAAAAAAACGAAGCAUAUCGCCAAAGCGCUCUGUCAGAAAUAUAUAGAAGCUCCGAACACAAUGAAAAAUCCCUGACUACAAAAGAUUCUUCACUCAUUCUUUUAUGUUGCAUAAAGACAUUUAUAUCGAAAACAUGAAGAGAUUACAUUUGACAAACAUUGGGGCUACACAAUGGCAGCAUGGAAUAUUUUCAAGUAACUAUUUUCAAGAACUUUCAAAACAGUAGUUUACUGUGUAGCUAGCUAAUCCUUCAAACUUUCUUUAUCACAAUGCCUACAUAAUGGGUCAGGUUUCCCAUCAUGGAUAAUCUGAUACUAAAACAAACCAUCACAUGUCUGUGGUGUUUUAACUGCCAUCCGAUAGGGCCUGGGUUCGAGUCCUGCCAUCGUCAGAAAUAGGUGCUCUUGAGAAAAUCAUGGAGGAUACUGAUACUGAUACCCGUUGCUUAUGAACUAAACCCGACCCAUUUGUUAGGUAAUACUUGACAGUAAGGGUACACUAGUUAACCAUUAACUAACAUAAUUGAAUGCAGUAGUAAGCAUUGUUAUAUAGCAGUAGCCGUAUGGUUUAGAAUUUGUUAUUUAUGUAUGUAUGUUGUUCAUGUAUAAAUUAAUACAUGAACAACAUUUGUAUGCAUGAACGUGAUUAGUAAAUGAUAACAUGACAAUAAGUGAACUGUUAAUUGACUGUUAGUGAAUGCUGAUUAUUGCAUUAACUAAUAUAAUGGUUUGUUUAUGUACCCUUAUCCUAAAGUGUUACACUUUGUUCGCAACUCUUUGAAGAUCAGAGAAAAAAAGAUCAAAAGUUACAAAAACGCUGAAUUUUAAAAAACCUUAUUAAUCUCCAACUACCUUAAUCUCUGCAGACUCCUGGGUCUACCCUCACCUCUGCCUAGCGACCGGCGAUGCUGCUGCUAAAUAAAUAACUAAAGAUGUAAAUUGAAGUUUAGCGGGCCAGCCGACGCUGAUAGGUCCGCCCUGAGGUGCCCUCCUGGACUGAUUCGGGCUCUUUUAAUGAACCCGCUGGCUGUAGACCCGGGAUAAGAAUGUGCUGCGAUAUCAAAGCAGGCCCGGAAGAGCCACUCUCCUGGGCUGCUGAGGGGGGAGCAGGGGUUCACGGACCUCAGCCGGGCGCACACAGCACUGG